AUGUUCUGGCGUCGCAGUCGCCCGAAGGAGGCAGCAGUGGGGGAGACGGACGACCUGGCGCAGCUUCAGAAGCAGUUCGGAAUCACAGUCGUAAGCGACGCAGACGUAGCGGCGGAGCUUCUGGCUCUUUCCUUCCUGUCCGGUGCCUCCAGUCUCACGGACGAAGAGCGACUUGUGCUCGGAAGCGAUAGUGAAGACGAGGACGAAGAAGCCGAAAUAAUGAGAGCCUUAGAGAUGGACGACGAAAUGCCUUGCGAUGUCAAUGGAGAUCCAGUCGGUCGACGAGUGGAGAAGAAGGAGCUGUGCAGUGUGAUGGACGAGGUUUGCAAAACUGCGAGAGAGAGGAACAGUCGAGAAGCUACAGAUACGACCCAAGAGGCAACGCGUGGUCACACUGCUGCACUGGUAUCGAACGACGAUGCAAAGCUGAAAUCACUAAAGGUGGAGGCGGUCAUGCUAAAAAGAGAAGGGAAGAUCGAGCAGGCGCUGGCCAAGUUACGCGAGGCCAACCAGUUGCAACAGAAGAUCGCUGCAGAGGAAGACCAAACAUCGGAAACGAAGCAGGAAGAAGUACAAUGUGAAGAUCUUCCGCUAGAAGAAAGCAUGUCGAAUGAUGAUAUCGAAGUGACGGACGAAGACAUGCAGAAUCCAGAGUUCCUUGCUCAAUUGGCGGAAAUGGGUCUUACGUCUGACACCGGCAUUUCUACUGAUGAAAGAACUGCGCAUCAUAGUGAUGUGAGUCAGACAUUGGCUGCUUUGGAGACGCAGAUUCAUGCUUGUAAAAUGAAAGCUGUACGGCUAAAGCGGGAGAACCGAAUUGCAGACGCGCUGGCUUGCAUGCGCGAAAUAAAAGAAUUAGAAGCAAAUUACAAAGCGCUGCAAUCCUCUCAAUUGCUCUCAACUGCUGCACCCUCGGCAGUACAAAAACGAGAAAUAUUGGGUGAUAUGGGGCAAGUAGAGUCCUCUGCUUCAGUCAACAGUUUUCCGGUCUUGCGCGUCGAUUCAGAAACCGUAACGCUUGACGAAGUGCACCCAGGCAGCAGCAAUGAUAGCAUGGAUGAUGCAAAAGUCACUUCUCUAUCCAAAAGCCAAGCGACUUGUAUGGCAGAGGCGCUUCCAUCAGAGGUCAAAGACGCUUCAGCAAGUAAGCCCUUGCUCACAGAAAGCCAUAUGUUGCAAGAAGACAUGGUUAUACGGACCGCUGUUGCCGACGCGCGAUGUUUGCGAACUGCUCCAUCGAUUGAUGACAACUACUUGAUCGACGCAUUCGAUGAGAAGUACGAAUGUGAAGCAACAAAUCAUCUUACAUCGGUGACGUCGGGCAACCCAUUGCGCUCAGCUCCCUUCGUGCCAGGAGGAAAAAGUAUCACAUUGUCAGCAGAAUAUACGCGUACAGUGUCCAGUGGUCGUCAUCCGGAUGGCUCCCCUGCACAGCUACAGCAGGCUAGGCAAACAGCGUUGUUGCCGAAGCGGAAGGGGGACAUUCAAGGCGCGCUUGAAGCGAUGAGAAGAGCAAAACAAAUUCAGGAUGUCAUUGACCACAAGCAGCAAGCUUCUUUGGUACAUGCACCUGCCAUGAGUGUACCAAACAACCAAGUACAUGCUGCUGCAUUUCAGGAGAUUGAGCAACUACUGGUAGAUUUCGGCAACAAGGCAACGUCAUUGGCAAAAGGGUGUUUGCCCGCCAAUCGCAAUAUGGCCUCAGAGUGGUUGAGCAAGCGAAAGCGGUAUGAAUCCGAGCUAGAGAAGUUGCGACUAAAGCGGCAAAAUCCGCUGCAGCCACCUCCGCGGUAUGAAGUCGUCAAAAUGUCUCGCGAAGUGGAGUUCGAGCUGCCGUUUGUUGCAGAAGAUCAGAUCAGGGUCUCGAUCAAGAGUGUGAACGGGCUGUCGCAGGCGGCGGGUAAAUCAGUUUUUGUCAAGUUUUGCCUUAAUUUUCCGUCUGGAAAGUCCCACGAAGGGCAGACUGCUGAGUUCCGGAUCAGCUCCAAGGCCUCGUUUUCUGCCGACGUUUGUUCGGACCAAAAGUGCUUUGUCUUCCGAUUGGCACGGUCGCGAGGGACGAUGCGUCUCUUUGGAAUCAAAAAGGCAGUUUUCGAAGUUUGGAGUCUAGCAACACUGUUCCGGAACUCGGAACUUGUCGCUCGAGCCUAUCAGGAAUUGACUCCACUGCUGACAUGCUGCGAAAUCAACACUCAUAUUCCUUUUCUCGGUCGAAGUAGAAAGCCUUGUGGAGGAGACAUUGAGAUUGUACUACAAGUGCGGCGUCCAUUGAAAGAAAAAGAAGUUCGUCUGGAGACCGUGGAGGACUUGGUCAUCGGAGAUUACCCUGAUCCAGUAACGCCGGUCCCAGAACGCGUGCCCGUGCCUAGUUUGGUAGUAAAGCAAUCUCCUGUCGGGGCAUCCGGUCCUAUCGCAAAGGGACUGGAGCGAACGACCGACCAUCGAAGUACACUGCCUCAGAGGCAACCAAACCCUGCUUCCAUACCGGUAGACGACCCACACCAUCUUGAUCUGAUCGUCAGUUACGAUGUGAUCGACGAAGAGCUUGACAGAGUGGGAGCCAAACUGCCUUCAUCAUCAGAACGUAAUGCUGUCGAGUGGGGUGAUCGUUGUGAUUCUCUAGUGCUGAAAAAGCAACUACUUGAGAUUGAGAUGCAGACUGGAAAGCUGACGCUUGACGCGUACGUAGGACGACUACGCAGCCGGAUAUCUGAUGAUCGCAUCUUGAUCGCAGAACUCUUAGCGUUAAAUCGACGGUCGGAUGCCGCACGUGUUCUUCGUCGCAUCAAAAUUAUGCAAAAAGAGAUAGAAGGCACCGAAGACAGUUCCGACGAUACAUAA